AUGACGGCACGCCAAUCAUCACCUACAUCAGACCACUCACAUUCGGACGGCAAUGUCCGCAAGAGGGUCUGUAAGGCUUGCGAUCGGUGUAGACUGAAGAAAUCCAAGUGUGACGGAUCCAACCCAUGUGGUCGGUGCAGGACAGAUAAUGCCAUCUGUGUCUUUGGCGAGAGGAAGAAGGCUCACGACAAAGUGUACCCCAAGGGAUAUGUCGAGAUGCUUGAACAACAACAAACGUGGCUGGUCAAUGGCCUUCAAGAAAUGUACCGUCGCGCCUUGGAGGGUGAAGGCUGGCCGGGAGAGCCCUUGAAAUGCGAGCCCAACGGCCAUCCUCUAACGCACGAUCUGCUUACACGACUCGGCGCUUUGGACCAGACCAAGGGUGAGCGCUUCGAAGAGAACACCGAGGCCAUGCAGCAAGAUCUCUGGAGGCAGAAUUCCGGACACAUGCAACGCCAGGAGUCAUCCGAUGGUAGCUCAGAAAGCGCGCAGUCACCUAUCAUGCCCUCCCGCUUCUCAGACCCGUUUGCUCGCCAGCUCUCGAGUACACAAUCCAGCUUCAGCACACCGUCCCAAACGCAAGGUCCCACUAUCAAAUCAGAGCCUCAAAUGGCACCGACGAAUCCCGCCUUCGUUGCGCCCAUGACCAUGCAAGGGGUGGUGAACCCCCUCGCCCUUCAGACCCCGCAACAAUGGCCCAACAAUAACUUUGGCGCUUUCGACGAUAUGGAUCUAAUAGGCGCUUCCGACUAUACGAAUUUGUCCUUUGACGACCAGGUUCCCUCGCCAAUGUUCAACCGUCAACUACCGAUGAGCUGCAUGCUUUCCUCUUCCUCGUAUAUGGACACAAAGGGUGACUAUGAAGACAUCAAUCAGUUCUUAAAUGCCAAUGCGCCCGAGAUUGCAUCGACCUGA